GAAGUCGCCGAGCGGACGGAGGAUGGUCUCCCCGGCCGGCAGGAAGGGCCAGCUGAGGGCGAGGGCCAUGGACUUCAUCACCUCCACGGCCAUCCUGCCGCUGCUGUUUGGCUGCGUCGGCAUCUUCGGCCUCCUCCGCCUGCUGCAGUGGCUGCGAGCCAGGGCUUACCUGCGAGGUGCUGUGGUGGUGAUUACGGGUGCCACCUCGGGGCUGGGGAGAGAGUGUGCCAAAGUGUUCCACGCCUCGGGGGCUAAGCUCGUGCUCUGUGGCCGGAACGUGGAGGCCCUGGAGGAACUCGCCAGAGAGCUCAUUGCCACUCCUGCCACCAAGGUGCAGACACACAAGCCUCACACGGUGACCUUCGACCUCGCAGACCCUGGGGCCAUAGCGGUGGCGGCAGCACAGAUCGUGCAGUGCUUCGGCCACGUGGACAUCCUCAUCAACAAUGCCGGCAUCAGCUACCGUGGCGCCAUCCAGGACACGGCCGUGGACGUGGACAGGAAGGUCAUGGAGACAAACUACUUCGGCCCGGUGGCUCUAACGAAAGCACUCCUUCCUGGCAUGAUCCAGAGGCAGCAGGGCCACGUGGUUGCCAUCAGCAGCGUCCAGGGCAGAAUCAGCAUCCCUUUUCGCUCGGCAUACGCAGCCUCCAAGCAUGCCACCCAGGCAUUCUUUGACUGUCUGCGCGCCGAGCUGGAACAGGACCAGAUUGCGGUGACUGUCGUCAGCCCCGGCUACAUCCACACCAACCUCUCUCUCAACGCCGUCACUGCCAACGGUUCUAGAUACGGAGCCAUGGAUAAGAACACAGCCCAGGGCCAGAGCCCCACCCAGGUGGCCCAGGCCGUGCUGGCGGCCGUGGGCAGGAAGCAGAAGGACGUGGUGCUGGCCGACCUGCAGCCCUCCCUGGCCAUCUACCUGCGCACGCUGGCCCCCGGACUCUUCUUCAGACUCAUGGCCUCUAGGGCCAGGAAGGAGCACAAGGCCAAGGGUUCCUAGCAGCACACAGGAGCGCAGGAGGUCCCGGGCCAGGCCCUCUGCCUGCCAGCUCUUGAGGCUGCCUGCCUGCUGUGGCACAGCCUCCCAACCCUCACCCAAGGACAUCCCUCACAGCCAAGAGUGUGGGCCUGAGGACGGUUUGCAGUGUCCCAUGUAGUGCCCACGGCAGCACCUGAGAGGAGCCCUGUUCCCCUACUGGCCUUCAUCCAGCCGGUGCUGGGACAGCAGGUGCCACUCCAAGAGGAGUUUACUAAGCAACAGCAGCCAGCAGGGAGAGGACCUGCCCAGGCCAGGCUGUCCCAGUUGGCCGUAGCCAGGCAUCCCUCUCCCACCUGUCCAGUUUAUGGACAAUAAAGAGCUGAGGUUUGUGGUGAAGGUCAGCUUCAUUUCUUCAAAGUUAAGAAAAACUGAUACACUAGCUCAGAUGCCUGGUCUAUCGAAGGCUGCUUCCUUAGGUCAGAUACUGCAGCUGGGGGACUGCCUCCCCCUCCAUCCCAUGGCCACCAGGAGCACAGCAGCAUGCACUCCUGCACAUGCAAUGUCUUCCCCAG